AUGCGAUCCCGACUUUAUCACUUCUCCAUCACCGUCAAAUGGCUCCCUCCUCCACCUGUUCGAGACUGUCGCUUCUCCUCCAACAUUUGGCAACAACUUGGAUUUGUUGAUCAUGGUUUUUUCAACGAAGCUACUCCGCAUAACUGGAUUAAAAAGCACUCGGCUGGCACUCUUUCUUCAACCUUCCUCGCCGGUCUCUGGUGGACGUGGAGGCACCGCAAUUUAAUGUGCCUAAACAAUGAAUUUUGGUCUCUCCCUCGGAUUAUGUUUAAUCUACAUAGUUCGAUGCUUGCUAUUAAUUCAGCUUUCCAUUCAGCGCCGGUCCAGCUACCAGGAAGAUUGGUUCGUUGGAAUAAUAAUAGCAAUUGUGUUGUAUUGAAUGUAGAUGGCAGCUGCAUGGGUUCCCCAAUUCGAGCUGGUUAUGGAGGUAUAUUACGUAAUUCAGUAGGGUUUUUCCUUCAAGGAUUCUCCGGCUUUAUCGAGGAAACAACUGACAUCUUGUUCGCAGAGCUUACGACAAUUCACCGAGGCCUGCUCGUGGCAAUCGAAGAUGGUAUUGAAGUUCUGGUCUGCUAUACAGAUUCGCUCCAAUCAGUUACGCUGCUCACUAACAGUAUCUCACGCUAUCAUGCUUACGCUGUUCUAAUUCAAGACAUUCAAGACUUACUCUCAUCAACAAACUUCUCCAUCCAUCAUUGUCUUCGAGAAGGGAAUCAAUGUGCUGAUUUCAUGGCAAAGCUUGGUGCAAUUUCGAACAUAGAGUUUGCAAGACAUACAUCUCCUCCUCAUGAACUUCUUCCUUUGAUAAGACUCGACGCCAUGGGAACUGUGUUCCCUCGAGCUUAG